AUGGCUGCGGACGACGGCGACGCCACCACCGUCGUCGCGCCAAUGCCGUGCCCGGAGGAGGAGCGCGAGCAGCCUUCCCAUGCCGCGGACUCCCCCGUCGACCCAAUGACGGCGCCGCCGCCGCCGCCGCUGGAGGAGGAGGAGGAGGAGCAGCAGCAGCCGGGGGAGCGGACUACCACCGCCGCGGACGCGGUCGUCGCUCCAAUGCCGCCGCCGCCGCCGCUGUCACAGCCGGAGGAGAAGCAGGAGGAGCAGCCGGUGCCCGCCGCGGCGCUGCCCCAGCCGCUCGAAUCGGGUCCGGCUUCAACCGAGGAGGGACACAAGGAGACAUCAGAAGAUAAAAAUCUCUUCAAGGUUCCAGGUCCAGCCGAUGAGGGACACGAGGAGACAUCAAAGGACAAAAUUCCCUUCAAGGUUCCAGGUCCAGCCGAUGAUGGACACGAGGAGACAUCAAAGGACAAAAAUCCCUUAAAGGUUCCAGGUCUGGCAGAUGAGGAUGACUGGGAGACCUGUCAAGACCGGAAGCUCUUGCGGCUUCUGGGUCGAGCAGAUGAGAGAUACCACAAGGGGAUCGGGCAAGGCCGACGUCCUGAGGAUGAUGAUUUGGAGGAUUCUUGUGGUUGUUCCCACUAUAGGAGGUCGCGCUUUUGUUACCGUCAUGAACAAAGAGAUCCUAGAUAUUACGAUCAUGAACUUCAUUGUGGCGGAUUUCGUCGGAACUGUUAUCCGAAUUGGCAUCAUAGUGCACAUCUUGGAAAUGGUUAUCCCGAUUGGAAUGGUUACCCAGGUCAUCCACAUCGUGGCUACGGCUACCCAGUUGGACGAUUUGAUCAAGAUUGUAUGGAUCUGUACAAUCCGCGUCUGAUGGAUUCUUGGGAUGACAAGCUUGUAGAUACUCAAUGCUGUUCUUGGUACAAACUGACUCGUGGAAAGAAUGAUUUCCCUGUGGCUGCAUCGCUAAGUAAUCCUGAGAAGUGGAUAUGCUUCCUUAAUUGUAUUCUCCAGUGUGUAGUUCACACAGUUCCUCUGGUGUCGAAGCUUCUGAAAGAUCGUCACCUAGGUCCAUGUCCUACUGGUUCUGACGAAUUCUGCUGUUACUGCUCCCUACGACACCAUGCUUCUGAAGUUAUCAGGCUCUCAGGAGAUGUUCUCUACCCCAGAAAGUUUGUCAAACGCCUCAAGUCAAUAUUUCGAGAUUUCGAGCAGGGACAACACCAAGAUGCACAUGAAUUCCUCCGCUGCUUGCUUGAUAAAUUAGAUGAGGUAACAGUCGCUCCCAGGUCUGAAUCUGAGGAACCAUCUUCUAUUGUCAAAGAAUUUUUUGGGGGCCAACUGAAAAGCCAGUUGAAUUGUCCAAAGUGCAAUCAUUGCUCGGACAGAUUGGAGUCUUUCCUCGACCUUAACCUGGAGGUUAACCAAAUGGACACUAUCAUGGAUUCACUAUCAUCUUAUACCAAAAUUGAGGUUGUGGAAGAUUUCAUUUGUGAUGGAUGCAAAUCUCGUGUGAACAUGGAAAAGCACCUCAAGGUGGAGCAGGCUCCAGAAGUUCUUGUAAUCCAGCUCAAGCGGUUUCAAAAUUUGGGGAGUGAUAUAUCUAAGAUUCAUGACAUGGUGAAGUAUCAGUUAGAGCUGGAUUUAAACCCCUUCAUGAGCUCCCCUGAUGACAAACCUCAAUGCUAUGAUUUGUAUGGAGUUGUAGAACACUGGGGUAACACAGCCAAGGGUCACUACGUUUGUUAUAUCCGCUCAUCAGAAACUGAUUGGUUUCUCUUUGACGAUGAUAAGAUUGUGAAAAUGACUGAGGACAGACUUUUGGAGAAAAAAGCAUAUGUUCUGUUCUAUGUCAAGAAAGGUUCUUCCCCGUGGUUCUCUACGUUACUUGAGAAGAAGGAAAUGUUGCUGUCGGAUUAUUUUGAAGAAUUGGCGGGCAAAGGAUUUGAUGAGGAUGGUGCUCCCAAAGCGGGCAGCUACAGUAGCAGUGGUAGUGACAGUGACAAUGACAAUGUUGAACAAGAUGUCACGGAGCAUUUUUUUGGUGGACCAGCAGAGAAAAAUGAAGCUGGCCCCAGUUCGGCGGGCUUGUCACAAGGAGUCCAAGGAAUUGAAAACGGCAGUACCCUUUGCAGUGUACCUGACAAAAACGAAGUGGGUUGCAGCCUAGGUGUAGUACCAUCUGGAGGAACACAGAAACCCACCUCCCUUACCCUAUCAAGUGUGGAAAAUGGAGACGCUAGUGGGUUGCCGUUGCUAUUGGAGAACAAAGAGAAGUCCAGCCAUGGCACCAGGGAAGCGAACCAUAAUGGGCCAUCAUCAGAGGUGCUUGAUGCAGACUCCCAUAUAGGGUCAUCACAAGAGAAUGGGAGAAGCUGCAACCUACUCCAGUCUUCAUCACAUAAACAUGAAGACUACUGUCCUGAAAACUUGACAUUGCACGAAGAAGAAGAAGAUGGGAUGGCAGGCUCUUGUGAUUCUCCUGCUGGAUCGCUGCACGCACGUGGGAGUGCUGGCACUUCAAGGCUCGGAACAGCAGGCUCCAACUCCGACCGCACUACUAAUGGCGAGUGCAAUACUAAGUUCAUUUAG